GCUCUGCCUGCCAUGGGCAUCUCGCGCGACUCGCAGCACAAGCGGCGGCUGACGGGCGGCAAGAAGCCGCACCACCACAAGAAGCGCAAGCAUGAGAUGGGCCGCCAGAUGGCGAUGACCAAGAUUGGCGCGAAGCGCAUCCACCCUGUGCGCUGCCGCGGCGGCAACAUGAAGUUCCGCGGCAUCCGGCUGGACACGGGGAACUUCUCGUGGGGGUCGGAGGUGUGCACGCGGAAGACGCGCAUCCUCGACGUCGUCUACAACGCCUCCAACAACGAGCUUGUGCGCACAAAGACGCUUGUCAAGAGCGCUGUGGUGCAGAUUGACGCGACGUUAGAGCACAAGCGGCGGCUGACGGGCGGCAAGAAGCCGCACCACCACAAGAAGCGCAAGCAUGAGAUGGGCCGCCAGAUGGCGAUGACCAAGAUUGGCGCGAAGCGCAUCCACCCUGUGCGCUGCCGCGGCGGCAACAUGAAGUUCCGCGGCAUCCGGCUGGACACGGGGAACUUCUCGUGGGGGUCGGAGGACGCGGCGCCCGUCCAGCGGUCGAGCUCGGUGCAGAAGAAGAUCGCGGCGCGCCAGGCUGAGAAGAUCAUCGACCCCAACAUCAACUCCCAGUUCGACACGGGCCGUCUCCUCGCCUGCAUCUCCUCGCGGCCGGGCCAGUGCGGCCGGUGCGAUGGCUACAUCCUCGAGGGCAAGGAGCUCGAGUUCUAUGUCAAGAAGAUGGCGCGCAAGAAGAAGUAG